UAUCUGUGGUUAUGAGAUGCAUUGUUUUUGCUUAGUAUUCUGCUGGUAUUGAUGUAGAUGGAUCGUCCAGGCCAUGAAGCAUGAGUUGGAGAUCCGAGCAGGUGACAUGCCACCCCAGGACAUUUACCAAAUGUCCCCCAGCGAUGUUAAACAGCUGCUGCUGGAUGUCCUUCAGCCAAAACAGCAUGGCAGGUCCUGGAUCAACAGGCGUCAAAUCGAUGGUUCCCUCAACAGGACUCCCCAUGGCUUCUAUGACCGAGUGUGGCAAAUUUUGGAGAGAACUUGUAAUGGCAUCGUAGUGGCAGGGAUCCAUCUACCACAGCAACCUACUCUGUCUGACAUGACCAUGUAUGAGAUGAACUUUUCUCUGCUGGUGGAAGACACACUGAAGGACAUAGUGCUGCCUGAGUACAGGCAGAUAGUAGUAGAGCUGCUGAUGGUGGUGUCCAUAGUGUUGGAGAGAAACCCGGAGCUGGAGUUCUCGGAGAAGGUGGACCUGGACGUUCUGGUGAAGGAGGCCUUCCAUGACUUCCAGAAGGACAGGAGUCAGGAGGGGAUGAAGAAACAGGAUGAUAUGGAGGAGUUCUAUAAGACACCUCCGAUGGGCAGGAGAGGCACCUCCAGUUACCUGACCAAGGCUGUGAUGAUUCAACUGCUUCAGGGAGACGUGAAGCCCUCCAAGGAUGACCCCUGCUCGGUCAGCUAAACUAAAUCCAUUCAGCAGAGUAGAGGAAUCCACCGCUACUUUACUUCGUCGAACCACUAACAACAUGCUAAAUUAGUCAGCAGCACUGACUGUUGUUCCACCAGCAAUACCCUCCUUGUUCUGUUAGCUUCAAGAUAUUAGGACAGGAUGUAUCAGAUCCUAUUAACACCGUUACUACUGUUAACAACAUUGCAAAAAAACAAAAGGACUCCUGUUACCCUCUGAAAUCCUUGCAUGUAGACUUUUCUGUAUAGCAUUAGCAUUGUGGGGCAGCCCACAUUGUUGAUUGUAGUUAAUCAAUAGCAUGAUAUGCAAAACUAAAGUUGCAUCCCAGUGCACACUUUUUGUCUAAGUCUUAGGAAGUACAGGUCUUUCUGAAAGCCUGAUCGCUGUAUUUUUGUGAAUGUGGUCAAUAUACAGUAAUUUAAGUUCCUUCACUCUAUUCAAAUUAUGGAUUAAUUAAGUUGUUUAUGUUGAUGUGUUUACACGUGGUUUGAGUGUGCCUAUCCAGUUUAGUGAAUCUGAAUUUAACUUUUUCAAUGUGUGUGAUGUUUACCAAUGUGUUCCGUCACUCUAUCAAGGGUAUUUUGUAAGCUCAAUACUAGUUUCAAAAAUAAACUUCAGGAAAUUGA